AUGUUCUUCAUAUUCGGAAAUCUGAUUUACAUCAUCGUUCUUCUCACCAACGCCGUCGCAAUCUUAUCGGAAGAUCGUUUCCUCGCACGCAUCGGAUGGUCCAACUCCGUUGCCGAACCAGCUUUUGGCGGAAACAGCGCAGACACGAGUAUCAAAUCAAAACUUGUGAAUUUGAUGACGAGUGUUAGGACGCUCAUGAGGAUCCCCCUAAUAGGCAUCAAUUCCGUAAUCAUCAUCUACGAAUUAGCUCUAGGAUGA